UCUUCUACAAACAAUGGGCGUCGUAUGUUGGUAGUAUUGUACGCUAUAUUGGUAAACUGUGUAGUAGACGUUUGUUGACGUCCGGAUGUCGUUUUGUGUUUGUAAUAACAGCGCUUAGUUCAGAUCGGUUUAUCGCAUUGAAUUGCAUGAGAACGAGUAUUUUAGGCGUAAAAAGUAUUCGUUACAGUGUAUGAGUUCAUACUGUUUCGUGAAUAUUUUUUGUCAGAAGCAGGUUACAUCAAUAUUUUUAGCUCGUCAAAAGAGGUUAAGUUGCAGGCAACAGGAUCAUGUCUUUAGCAGAUGAAUUAUUAGCGGACUUGGAAGAGCAGGAUCAGGAUGAUGUCAAGGAGCUGUAUAUGGACAGUGCGAUGUCACUUGAUGUUAGUCCAAAUCCCACAGUCGUUCCAAUGGAAGAAGACAUAAAAAUUACUUCAAUACGUGAAAUUGCUAAGCUUAGAGAUUCCAAACGACUACGGAAUAUAAUGGAUCAAAUUGAUGAUUACAGUGCAAAGCCCCGCAAAGCGGAAGAUAUCGUUGGACCUGUUGAAGCAGAUCCAGAAUAUCAGUUGAUUGUAGAGGCAAAUAAUGUAGCUGUCGACAUAGACAAUGAAGUAACUGUAAUUCACAGAUUUACUCGUGACAAGUACUCAAAACGUUUUCCAGAACUGGAAUCGUUAGUUGUUGGACCAUUGGAGUAUGUUAUGACAGUUAAGGAACUUGGCAAUGAUUUGGAUAAGGCAAAGAAUAAUGAAGCCUUGCAGCAAAUUCUAACACAAGCUACAAUUAUGGUUGUCUCAGUCACUGCAUCAACAACACAAGGCCAGCUGCUUGCUGAUCACGAGAAAGAGGACAUUUGUGAAGCUUGUGACAUGGCUAUUGAAAUCAACAAUUUUAAGCAGAAGAUAUAUGAUUAUGUGGAGAGCAGAAUGGCUUUCAUUGCACCUAACCUGUCAAUAAUUGUCGGUGCAUCUACUGCAGCCAAAAUAAUGGGUGUUGCUGGAGGAUUAACAAAGCUGUCCAAAAUGCCAGCAUGUAAUGUCAUGGUGCUUGGAUCACAGAAGAAAACUUUGUCUGGUUUCUCCCAGGUCACAAUGCUGCCUCACACUGGCUUCAUAUACUACUCUGACAUUGUCCAGGACACACCUCCUGACCUACGACGCAAGGCAGCUCGGUUAGUUGCAGCCAAAAGUACACUGGCAGCCCGUGUCGAUGCAUGCCAUGAAAGUUCUGAUGGUCAUGUGGGGCAGAUGUUUCGAGAAGAAAUAGAGAAGAAAUUAGACAAACUGACUGAACCUCCUCCAGUUAAAUUUAUAAAACCCCUGCCAAAGCCAAUAGAUGCAGGAAGAAAGAAGCGUGGAGGGAAGCGUGUUAGAAAGAUGAAGGAGCGCUAUGCCAUGACAGAGUUUCGUAAGCAGGCAAACAGGCUUAACUUCGCAGAUAUAGAGGACGACGCAUACCAGGAGGAUUUGGGGUAUACUAGAGGAACUAUUGGCAAGACUGGAACUGGUCGAAUACGACUACCACAGAUUGAUGAGAAGACCAAGGUGCGUAUCUCAAAGACUCUUCAAAAAAAUCUGCAGAAACAGCAACAAGUUUGGGGUGGAAGCACAACCGUGAAGAAACAGGUAUCCGGAACAGCAUCUAGUGUGGCAUUCACACCUCUGCAAGGACUGGAGAUCGUGAACCCACAAGCUGCUGAGAAGAAAGUGAAUGAAGCCAAUGCCAAGUACUUUUCUAACACGUCAGGUUUCCUCAAGCUUCAGAAAGCUUAAGGAGAAGACAGUGCAGAUGUUGAUUUUGUAAAUAAUGCUCUGUAAUGGAAGUAUGUGCCACAGUUAAUAGAUUGAAUUUGAUUGGAUGACUGUGUUAGUUGUAUCAGAGGACUCCACUUUAUAAAUGAGGUUAAAUGGAUUCUGUUUAUACACUACACAUAAUAAUAACAGUACAGAUGUUAUGAGUUCUGAA